UUUUGCUUGUUUUAAGCACACAUUUACUUAAAGUUUAUAUUUUUUGUCUAAACUAUACUUAUUUUGCUAGGUCAUUUAGCAAAUCAAGAAAAUACAUCUUUAUUUAAGAUUUUUUUUUUGAUCUUUUUACUGAAAACAAGACAAAAAUACCAAGUCAUUUUUGCAGUGUGACUCCAUUAAAUGUUCUUGUGGUAAAGAAUGUGUGUGUGUGUGUGUGUGUGUGUGUGCGUGUGAUGUAGAUUAAACAUGAACGGGCCAAAACGGACAUGGCAGCAGGUCAAAAUCAAAUACAAGAACAUUCUGCAGAAUGCAGUGAAAAAGAAUACCCACAGACAAGGCACAGGUGGUGGGUCAUCAAAGGCUGACCUUACCCCAGCAGAGGACAUGGCCUUGGAGCUAAAUAAAGGCAGGCCCGUCUUAGAGGGGAUCCCUGGGGGGAAAGAGACGAGCAUAGGUUCCUCCCAAGAUGCCACCCGCUUCAUUCAAGUGUCUGGCAGCACUGUGUUCCUGUUAGAGCCACCAGCACAAGCACCAGACGAUGCUGAUCCAGGUGAAAGCCCCAGUGCAGCAGCAACAGCACAUGAUGGAGACGAUGAUGAGGAGGAGACCAUCUCUCUGGAUUCCAGAAGGCAUGAGGACCCAGAUGCUAUACAGUGGGAAAACCAGCCUGGCAACAUAAGCUCACAAGCUAUCAGAAAGUUGUAUGGCAACCACCUCCGGCGCCAAAUAGAACUGGCAGACAUAGACAUUCAGUACAAGAAGAAAAAGAUGGAAAAUCUUGCACUGGAGUCCGAAAUAAAAAAGAGGACCAUUAGGAAACUGGACCUUGAAAUAAAAAAACUUGAGAGGGAGCUCCAAGAAGAUGACACAGCUCAAAAUAAAAAUGAGCAAUCAGUACAACCAAGUCAUCGUUAUAAGGCACCGGCCUCUUUUGCCCACCCCCCCAGCACCAGGUGUGGCCACUAGCCUAUAUGAAGGCCCAAAA